AUGCCUGGCAAAACAUCUCUACAAGCAUUUAAGCAGCUUCUUAGCCUGCCAAGUUCCGUACGGCGGCGAACUUUCUCUGUGCUUCAUCGACCGCCACCCAACUAUCCCGGCCAUGUCCCACUUACCUUGCUUGAACGUGGCGGCCUAGCAAUCGGUUCUGCCUUUGGCUCCCUUCGAAACCCGUACCGACACGAUCUAAUCGCUGCUCUCGGCGAGGCGACAGCGAAACCGUACUUCGUCUCCCGCUUGCGACGAGCAAUGCUGGAGAACCCAACCGGCCGCCGCAUUCUCCGCGACAAGCCCAGAAUCACCAGCCAGAGCAUGAGUCUUGAGAGGCUUCGUCAGCUACCUGCCAACACUGUCGGGCAUGCUUAUGCCGCAUGGCUGGACCGCGAAGGCGUUACUCCCGACACUCGGGAUUCUGUACGCUACAUUGACGAUCCGGAGGAAGCCUACGUCAUGCAGCGAUAUCGCGAAACACAUGACUUCACUCACGCCAUCACUGGAUUACCCGUGAUUAUUGAAGGCGAGCUCGCGGUGAAAGCUUUUGAGUUCGCGAACACGCUCCUCCCAAUGACCGCGCUUUCACUUGUGGCGAUUGUGAGGCUGAAGCCGGUAGAGCGAAAGCGAUUCUUCGAAGUGUACGGACCAUGGGCGAUCAGCAACGGUCUAAAGGCGGAGGAGGUAAUCAACGUCUACUGGGAGGAGGAGCUCGAGACGGAUGUCGAUGUUCUUCGUCAACGCCUGGGCAUUGAGACGCCGCCUGAUUUACGUGAGCUGCGGAAGAAGCUGCGAGAUCAGAUGAAGGCUGAGAAGGCUGCUAAGGAUGCUAGAGAGAGGCUUGGCGCUACUACUGGGGUGUGA